AUAAAUAUCAAUCUAUCUUUUAAUAUUUUAUAAUUAGUAUGCACAUAAAGAAAUUAUGCAAAAUUCAUUCAAUUUAAAAGAAAUUGCUGGGAAAACAAAUCCUAAUGACAUAAAUAUUAGAGCUGCUUGCAAAAAAUGUGGAUUUGUUGGGCAUCUUCCUUUUCAAUGUAGAAAUUAUAUAAUACUUGAUCCUAAAAGAGAAAUGAUCCUUGAUGUUAGUAGCACAUCUUCAGAUGAUGGUGUCUCUAAUUUUAUAUCGCCUUUGGUGAAAUUGAGAGAUGAUGAAAUUAAAAUUGAAGAAAUGAAAAAAAUGAUUAAAGCAACAGCUUUUCCAUUAAGUAAUCCAAUUAUUGAUAAUGAUGAUAUAUUAAAAAGACUUAAACAUUCAAUGAAAAAGAGAUUAAAGAAGAAAUUAAAAAAAGAUAAAAGGAACUCCAAAUAUAAAAAGACACAACAUAGCUCAUCAUCGAGCGAAAACGAAAGGGAGCCAAGUCACAGUCAUACUCGUAAACAUAAGCGUAAAAAGUCGAGAAAUUUGACUACCGAAAAGUUUCCGUCAAAAUAUCGAAAUAGAUCUGGCAUCAGUAGCGACGAAAGGCGUUCAAGAACAAAGAGGAAAAAACAUAGGAAGCAUUAAAGUUCUUUCGUAAUUUUUAUUAUAUCAAAAUAUCGGUCGGUUAUAUUUUUAUACGUGAUUUGUAAAUAAAGAUAUGGUGUAAACAAAUUGUUUGUAGUUAUAA